AUUCAUAUCCAGCACCGCGCGAAUCUCGCCAAUCGUUGACGCACAUUGACAAGUGACAGUUGGUGAUAGUUUGCCGCUUUUGGCGAAGUGAAAGGAUCGUGAAUCGCGAAUCAAAUCGCUUUAUUCGCGAACGAUCUCGCGUUUGUAUAACAUAACGGCGCGUGCAUCAUAAGAAUUCGUGUGCAUUUCACGCAAUUGCAUUCGACAAAGUAAAAGUGCGCGCGCGCUGUGCGAGAUGCGUAACGCGGGUGUGCGAAUUGUAUCUGCGGCUUGAUUAGCGCCCGUCUCUUCGUCUUUUUCCUUGCUCCGAAAAACUGGUGGGAAAACGAACAGCACGGACGACGUAGAACGAGCAGUUCAGGCGGAUCCGCAAAGUGAGGUUCACCGAAAAAUGACCUGACGAAGAGGUGAGACCAUCACAAGCAGCAAGAAAAUCCUAUUUGCGAUCGAUGCCUAUGCAAAUCGCAUUUCGGAACAGCCUCGGUUUGAGUACGGAUCUAUUUUUUUCAACGGCAUUAUACAACGUAGUUAUCUUACGAGGAGAGAUUCAGAGGAGAAAAGGUUCUAAGAAAGAUGAACCGAAGUGAUAGGCAAAUGCGCACAAUUAGCGCACUCUGGGGAUACGAGAGCACGCGUCCAGCGAGAAGCCGAUAACAUGAUACGCCCUUUCUUCGAGGAAGAGGAUGCCUUGUGUUACUGGGUUGUCGGCGGCGCCCUGCUGUCGUUCCUCGGCCUCACCGCAGCCUGCAUCUGCAGCUGUCGGCGGAACGAAAAUAAGAAUGAAUUUCUGGGACUCGCUGGUAUGGUAACACUGAAUAAUUCCGAAACAGAUGGUUUCAACAGAAUUCCAACAUUGGAUGUAGCCCAAGUUGUUACACAGGAUGCCAGCGAUGGUGGAAAAAGGACUACAAGUGCCAACAGAAGUCUUCCAGAUAUACCCAAAGACAAGAGCAGAGAACAUGAGGAUUUGGUGGAUUCAGUAGCUCAAGAUAUUUAUGAGACCACUGAGCCUAUGGGAGAUCAUUCAGAACUGUAUGCUACAGUUCAGGAUGCAGCGCAGGAACAGAUAUCUGACAGGGAAGGACACCCGGAAGUCACUCAGCAAGGUUCUUUGACGCAAGACACAUCUCAUCAAUAUGCGAGAUUCGCAUCUCCUAUCUCUGACAAUGUUGAACAUCCUUAUGCACAACUUCAGAACAUUCAGAAGACUGAGACUAGUCAAGUAAAUAGAAGUAGUGUUAACCAAAUCGCAAACAUCGAAAAACCGUCAACAUCGAUGGGUCAACCGAGCGGAAAUCCGAUCGCACCGCCGAGAACCCGUCGCUCGUCCUCGUACAACUCGCUUCUCAACUCAGAGUCGCAUUGCGACAUCCAAGCUGCCAACGCUAUCUCCGGUGGUGUGCAGGCCAAUCAAGAUUUGCCGUAUAUGACACCACCGCUCGUAAUGCUACUGCCGCACCCACCGCAGCAUCAGCCCAGCAGCUCGCAACAGCACUUCAGCGGAGACUCCCAAGAUUCGAAAGGAUACACGAGCAUAAGUGUGAGGGAACCGUUAGCCAAUAUAAUCGCACAGACCAAAGCAGCCUACAGACAGAAUCAAUCCGCUCGACCGAUCACCGAUCCCCAUUAUGCCACCGUUUCUGACGAUUCAGAUGAAAUGUACGCCGCGAUCGACGAGCAGGAUAAAAUAUAUACCAGCGGCAGCGAGACCUACGCGCAGAUUCAACCGAUGACAUCAGAAGUACAAAGGCCAGCGCAACACGAGCAGACUGUGUUCUGCCAGCCUCCUUCACGCGCGGAGGAGAUGCAUCCCGCGCCACAGCCGCCCAGCGUUGACAGUCUGCGUCAUGUUGCGCAUGCCCAUUCUAGACAAGCAUCAUCGUCGAGUGCCAAUAGUUCUAUUAUCAAUCCCGGCUCACCCAAGCCCGAGAAACGCCAAGCAAAUUCCCCGCUGCCGCCGCCGCCCGAAGCGACCGCGGAGGGCUACGCGUCCGUCGACAAGAGGGGCAAGGGCGACGACAGGUCGAGAUCCUCGCUGUCGGUGGGUAAGUCACUCGAGGAUAUGUAUGCGAAGGUGAUGAAGAAGAAGAGGGAGGUGGAGGAACAGCAGAAGGGAGUGGACGACGCGCAUCCGCCGAGCUCCAACACCUUGCAUCCCGAUGCGAACGCUUGUCGGAAGCUGAGCCUAAUUGAGAUCAGCCGGGCGUCGUGGUGCAGUCACGAAUCCGUGGAAAUACAGAAGAAGGAGCCCGACGCCGCGCAUCACCCGGCGGCGAGCGGCGCAGUCGCGAGCAACUUUCACGACGAGAACGACACCGGCGGCAUCUCGAGGCUGUUGCCGAAAGCAGACGCGGACGCUCUCCUGCCGCGCUUAGAACUCGAUCACGGAUACGAGGCCGUUAAUUCCGGCAGCGGGAAGCGGAACUCCGCGACGAGAGGCGCCGCGAACACGUCCGAUCCGAAUUACGAGAUGCUGCGCCCGCAGUGCUCGCGCGAGGACGAUUAUCCGAGCGACUCCACAUCGGCGCGGAGCAGCACGGACGCGUACUCGGUGCCGUUCAAGCAUAGGCAGGUGAGCAACGCGAGCAGCGAGGACCCCGGUUACGAGAAGGUGCGACUGCGACGGCGCAUCGAGCUGGAUCAGGACACGGACUCCGAGCCGAACUACGAAAGCAUGCCGCACGAUCCGGGCGAGCCGAACUACGCGUCCGUCUGCCGGCCCGGCGACAGCGACACGGAUCCGAAUUACGAGUCCGUGAACCACGGCGAUCCGAACUACGAGAGCGUGAAAUACAUGAGCGUGAUGCGGAGCGAGGAACCGCCCUACGAGCAGGUGAACAACUUCCCGCCGGACGUGAACACCGACGGCUACGAGAAGGUGAAGGUGAAGAAGACGACGAACGCUGAUUACGAGAGGAUAAAUCCGAACAAUUCGACGGAACGGAUCAGCAACGGUGGCGACACCGACGACGAGCAGUACGUUCAGGUGUAACGUUUUCCGACGGGGCGCAACGACGUAACGAUCGAACUGUUUGCCGCCCCUGCAGUACAAUCUCAAGCUCGCGCCAAGUCGAGGAAAUUCGACCUCGCGACGCGACGAGCGGCCUGUAGUGUAAGAGAAACGCGCGACAAGUUUCGUCGAUAUCAGUACGAUAAUGAGGACAAGACUGACGAAGACAGACAGUGAGAGUAAGCUUAUGGAUAAGGAGAGAGAGAGAGAGGUCCGUGUAUUAUUUUUUCAAUUGCAAACGGACGCAUUCGGCAUUAGGCAAUACGGCAGUAGGAGCCGUAAUUCGAGCAGUUACCGCUAAACGAGUCAAAACGAAUGCUUCUAACGUGAAAGUGUUUGAUUAGUAUUAUAUUCGGGAUGUCGUCCGUGCGAACUGAAGCUUAAAAAGGAGCUAUUAUUGUCUGUCUUUAAUAAACAAAUUCGAGCAUUUACACCGUAAACUAGGACGCCGCGUAGCGACACUAUUUGACGAUGCAAUUAAAGUAACGCUUCUUGAACAUAAAUCCAGCUGAUACAGUUAAGAAUGGCAUGUAACGCAUAUUUAUUUUUAUUCUCUCACUGAAAGCAACGAGUUAUUUUUUUUACAAAUUGUACCAUUUUUCGGAGAAACACGCUCAUUGGUUUCGUUUACACUUUUUAAUGUGUAUGUAUUUACGACUGAUAACUCGUACACAACGUGUACGAAUAAAAAUAUAUUUUAGAGAGCUAUUAUUUAUUACGAUGUCAUUUAUGCAAAGUGCUGUAUCAGCCAAUAUCAUGCUGUACUAUUAUUAUCUUUAUUACUAUUAUUGAAUUUCUAUUUCUCAAAAUCAAUAUAACAAAUAAUAGAGAAGAUAUAGAUUGAAAUUAAUGAUAAAGAUGGCAAUAAGAGUCAGAUACGCUCCGAAUUUAAAUUGGAGCGUUAAAGUAAUAAACUAUUAUAUAAUAUAAUAUUGUAUACGUAUAUCAUAAUUAAUAUAUAUAUAGUACAGUAAUAUAAUUUACAAUUAUACAAAUAUGUAUAUAUAAUAGCUUAUUGUUCUUAUUGCCUCUUUUAUCAUUUUGCCUUUAAAGAACCAUAUUUGUAUUAACCAAGUAUAAAUUAAAAUUGUAAUCAAAGCUGUCAUAUGUAUCGCACAAGAAAAU